AGUAAACUGUUCACGAAGUAUAGCGAGAUCAGCUUUACCCUUCCAGUGUCAUCAACAGUGUGUGGAGCAUUUACCAUCGAAAACCGAAAGAAAAAGGUCGAAAACAAGUUUGCAACCUUGUCGAUGGUGAAGAUGGCUUCUGUCACGACAAGUAGCCUGGGAAGUAAACCCUUCAAGGAUGAAUAUCAAAAUUGGUUGGCUGUAGGUCACGCUUUCGACCUGAUGAAUGAAGGGAUUCGUCCUUUCAUCACACGAGAAAUGCAAGCUAUAUACAACACGUUGAUGGGACGUGGUCUUCCUCCUUGCACCUGCUGUUAUGAUAAAAGCAGAAAGAACAAUACCUGGCAUGAUAUGCAUGUCUGUGAUUGGGCCAAGGCAUUACAGUUAUAUCAUGGGAGCAACAAGCCUAAGUGGCACCAAAGCGAUGCGUCCAAAUGGACUGACCCACUAUCAGGAAGCUGGGAGAUUGCUAAGCUAUUUAUGUCUGAUCUUGGAAAGCAGAAGGCAGUAGUUGUAGAUGCUUCAAGUACUGACACCACAGGCCUUUUAAACAUUUUGUGUUGGUGUAAGAAUUUUGCACCACUUCGCCACUUUGCAGAGGGAGUUAGAGAUGUUAGAAAUAUUAACUGGGGGCAUAAUCCAAACUUUGAACUAAAUCUCAAAGAGAAAAAUAAUGCUAUUCAUACUAUUGAGCAACUUCUAAAUGCUGGUGCACUGUAUGCAGAUCCUGAUGCCCAGAAGGCUCUGAACUCAAUACAGAUAAUCAACAGCCAUUUUGACGCACAAAAAUUGGAGCGUCAAAUAAUACGCGACUAUAUGGGUGAGAUGACUAAUGAGAUGGAUGGCUUGCAGUCUGAGAUGACAGCCCUCGACACUGAACAGAAGAAAGACAAGAAGACCAUAAAAGUAUUAAAAAGUCGUGUUAAAAAUCUGACAGAAUGUAUAAAGUCUCUGGAGGCAUUGAGCAAUACCCAAAAACCUGGCGCAUUCUUCGUUUUUGCCACUACGUUUGUUACCAUGAUUUUUGUGAAUGUGAAUAGUAUAAGAAAAAACACAAAGAUGGUUCUUUGGCUGUCUAUUCUGUUUCUGGUAUUGGUACAGCUUGACCCAUCCUCACACAGUCUUGAACGAUGUCCAAACGAAGAUCGCCCAUUACCUUUUAACCUUAGAGAGUUCAACUUUAGCACGCAUCUUAAUGCUGCAAGAGAAGAUUUUGUUGGGCGUCGUUGGUUUUAUGACGAUGUCAAAGUUACACUAGGGUUAUUGGAUCCACCAGUCUUGCUUAUAAUUGGGGAACCCGGUUCAGGAAAGUCAGCGGUCGCAGCGAAUCUUAUAUGCUUGCGCACUUCUGAGGCUGCAAUCCACGAGAACAUUAUCGCUUAUCAUCUUUGCCAGCAUUACAGUAAAGAAACCCAAGAACCAGGAAGGUUUAUUAAAAACAUCGUAGAUAUGAUAUCAAGAAGAAGUCGUGAGUAUGAAAAUGUUAUUCUAAAUGGUACUUUGAUGGAAGUCUUACAGGGACGUAACUGUGAGUCAGAUCCUUACAAGUGCUUCAUAGAAGCUAUUGUGGUUCCUCUAAAAAAAGCUUUUAAGAAUCCAAAUAAGUUGUAUUACAUUGUGAUAGAUGCUCUUGAUGAGUGCAUCCCACAGCAAAGCCAUCAUGUCACUAUUAUUGACUUACUGAAAGAUAAAGUAAAUGAGUUUCCAACAUCAGUUAAGGUUAUAGCAACAACCAGGAAUGACUCUAUUGUUGUGAAGCCUUUUCCAAGAUCACUGGCUAGACAACUUCAUAUCAACACAUCCGAUCCUCGAAACUUAGAUGACAUUGCGUUCUACAUCGACAGACACCUUUAUCCGCGUAUGAAUUUUAUGGACAGAAUUCGAUCGUAUUGGACUCUGUCAUUUCGUGAGUCUUCAAGUAUCGAAUUAUCUGACAACCUCGUGAAAAUCAGCCAAGGAAACUUUCUGUUUGUCAAACUCUUGGUGAAAUAUAUAAAGCCCGACUCCCAAAUUUCAUCAAGAAUGUCCCAAAGUUUGGGAGGAGUUUACGAAAGAUAUUUUCGUCGUAUAUUUCCAACUGGAGAAAGUUUCAGACACAUUCGAGGAGUUCUAGAAAUUCUAGUUGCAUCAACAAAACCAUUUAGGAUGGGCGAAAUUUUCAAAACAAUUACAUUACAAAAGCCUGACUUGGACUACAUGUACUUUAGUAAAGAUCUUGACAGCCUGUCGCAUUUUCUUCGUUACUCAGAUGACAACAAGAUUUCUUUGUUCCACAAAUCACUGAUGGAAUGGUUGGUGUCGGACGAAAAUAAAAGUAUAUAUGUUGUCAGCAAAAAGGCUGGCCACAGAAAGUUGAUAUUUUUCUAUAUGGAUGCAAUAGAAAAUAACCAAACGUCUGAUUUGGAAGAUACGGUGCUCAGUUUAGCCCAACAUAUUGCUUUUGGAGAUGUUUCUGAUAAGUUCCAAAACGAAUUUAUCAGAAUCUCAUCCAAAAUCAUCCAAAACUUUAAUAGGGACAAUAGCACUUUUCUUCACUUUGCAGCAAGAAUAGACAAUCCAGAAGUGAUAAAACUCUUUUUGCCUUGUUUUCGUAACAAUGUGGACCCUACAGAUUCGAACGGAUUUACUCCGGCUUUUGUUUCUGCAAGUAGUGGGUCUCUUGGAAAUCUCAAACUCCUAGUGGACCAUGGUGCAAAUGUCACUCACAAAACAAAUCUUCCACCACCACUUCCUUUCAUAAGUUUGGAAGAUCCYGUGAWRACUGCGAAGCGUGAGUUUUGGARCUCUUCGAUGYURCAUGCUGCUGCACAGGGUGGUCACCUGUCAAUUGUGRCYUAUCUUCUUGAAAGUCACCCAAAUAUCGAYGACGUGAAUGGAGUUGGUAUGACUGCUCUUCAKCUKGCMGCAGAAAAYGGYCAUWUGGAAAUUGUGAAGAUGUUGUACCAAAARRGUGCAARGAWUGACCAGUUUGCUCUUCAUCAUGCAGCCAUGAAUGGACACAAAGAUGUUGUCGAGUUUUUAGUCAAGAAAAAUGUCACCGGGAAGUGUUUGAGAUGCGACGGCUCCUUUUAUUGGCUUGGGGGAAAGACUCGUUACCAGAGUUUGUGGUUUGAUGUUGCAGAAAGAUUCUCAAAGAUUCCAAAUCUUGCUGACACCUUGUUAAAUGAGACAUUUAAAAUCGGAAGCGGAUUGGAUUAUCUCUUGGUUGACGACCAGUCGCUUGUAUAUUGUGAAACACCAUUGCGUAUUGCUGUUUGGAAAAGAUAUACAGAUGUUGUUCGUGUUUUGAUUGCACGGAUUGGUUCUGCAAUCCAUUGUGCAGACUUUACCGGAAGGACGCCAUUGCACAUUGCAGCUCGCAAUAAUGACCUCGAAGUCAUUAGAAUGUUGAUAAAAGCUGGAGCAAGAGUUGACUCAAAAUGCUCUAGAUUUCAGCAUCAGGAGAAAACAACAAGCAGUUCGUAUUUGUUUUUGAUAAAGAAGCAUGUACAUCUAAGUCUGAGAGAAGAAGAAGAAUAUUUUAGAGAAACGUGUUCUUGUGGUCAUACACCAGUCCACGUUGCGGCUCAAUUUGGUCACAUCGAAAGUGCACAAAUGCUGUUACAACAAAGCGUAAAGUUGUCUACUAAAGCUGAUUGUAACGGCUCAUCUUUGAUACACAUAGCAGCCUGUCAUGGGAAACACGAUUUUAUUCAGUGGCUUGUUGAUUAUAUCAGAGAUGUUCAUAUCAAUAGCCCUAGUGCAAAAAAUGGAUCUACUCCUUUACACAGUGCUGCGGCAUGCGAAAAUGUCAAGGAAGCAAAAGCCUUGAUUAAAGACGGCGCAAAUGUCUCGGCUCUCGAUGCAAAUGGUAUGACAAUCGUUCAUUAUUGGAUGUUGAAUGCCGAUGUAUUUUGCACGAAGGCAGCAAACUAUUCCAUACCAUCUGCUCUCCCUUGUGAAAAAGAAAUUUAUUUUCUGAAUGAAAACAUUUAUGUUUACAUAUCAUCUGAUAAGACAAUGUUCUUUCUACAACACACUAGCUCAGAAAUAAUACAUUUAGCUAUUCCGAUUUAUGACAAUUGCCGUAAUUUUAUGGAGUUUUCGACUCACAUAAAUGAACCUUCGCUGUUUCUCGCAAAAGACAAAUUUGGAAGAACACCCCUGCAUAUGGCAGUCAAUGGCGGCUUACAUUGCGUUAGUAUUGUACUGAUGAAAAUGAUGCCAAACCACAUCCUUGAUGAAGAAUUUGGGUAUUCUAUAUGGAAUCACAGUUUCAAUGAUCUAGUAUUUAAAUACGAUGCAUGCCAGAUGAUUACUCUAAAUGCAAUGUAUUUGUUUUUCGAUAUAUUUGUCCGAGAGAAACAAAGAACAUUGAAAAAGAUAUUUCGAUCUUACCUUAAAAAAGGUAAACCGGUCAAAAACAUGGAGAAAUGGCUCUUAGAUAUGAAAAUUACCAUUGACUGUAACGUUCCAUUUCUAGAAUCAGAACUUCAUCUACUUGCUUACUGGCCACCAGCAAAUGAUUCCCAUAACUUUUUCUUCAUGGCUAUUGAUGGAUCUGCAAGAAAACCUGGGCCUCUUGCCAAGGCCAUUGUUAACCAUCCUCUAGGUAUAAGAAUCAUCAAUAGAUGUCUUGAUAAGGAAGGAUAUACACCCCUUCAUCGUGCAGCUCAAGGAGGUAACAUAGUUGCCAUAAAGGAAUUUCUUUCUUGGGGAGCUGAUACCAAAGCCAGAACAAGAGAUACUAAUCUUACAGUCUUAGACUUGGCUGUAUCAUUUGCUGGUCUACCAAAGAAUUUUUUAGGGGCAUGUGGUAUUCCAUCGUUGACGGACCAACUCGAUACAGUAAAUGCAAAAACUGCUUUAUACAAUUCGGCAUCAACUACCUCUUUGUUGUUACUAGAUCGAACUCCAAAUGUUAAAGUCACUUGCGAUGGAAGCUCAAAACAACUUACUAUAUACCACAUUGCAGCAUACCGCGGUAUGUUUGACUUUGUCAAGAAACUGCUCAAAAACUCGAAACGUUACGGAAUCAAAGUGGAUUGUCCAGAUGUGAAUGGAAUUACACCUUUAUAUUUGGCCAAACUAAGUGCUGGUUCAGAAAUUUCAGAUGAGGUGAAGGUAGACAAAUGGACUAAAACGGUUGAAAUAAUUGAGAGUUAUGGUGGUAAACUACGUUAUCCACUGAGUUUGGAGGCAGAGCAUCAUGUGUUAUACAGGCAUCUAUUCGGUAGUUAUCCAUUCCAUUUCAAUACAAAUAUGUUUGAAGAUCUGCUACUUUUGUACGAGCAUGACCCUUGGAAUACUUGUUACAAUAGGAGUAGAAUUUAUGGCAAUGCCAGUGAAAUAAUACUUGAGUAUGUGAAAUCAUCUGUAGAGUUGAAGGAAUUUAUUCUAUCUCUUCCUGACUUGGAUGUGAAGGCUCGUUUGUUACUGUUAAACGUUGUCAUGGAUUUUAAUGACUUUACACAAGCUAAAUCAACUUUGACUCAAGACGAAAUGAUUAAUUUAAAUAGUAAAAUUAUUCGAAAUACAGAUGAAUUUUUUGGACACCUUGAGAAGAUUACAAACACAGUCAUUGGUCAUAAUGAAGUCCUUUCCAAAGCCAUCAAAGAAAAACUAAACAAAUGUGCCGAGAUGAAACUGUGUUCACGAUUCAUUCAUAAAAUCUCUUCUGCUUUGCAUUAUUUUUUGAAAGAAGUAUCUCACAUUAUAUUAAAGGAUAGCUUAAGUUUUUGUCGUAUGCAGGAUAUAGUACAUGCGAAUUUUACAAAAUUCCGUUUAACGUACUUACCUAUUUUGACACUUCGUAAUCAUGCAGAUGAUCUUUUAUCUUUAAAGACUAUUGCUUCUGAUAUUGAUGUGGGAAUGCGUUACCUGUUGGACCUCGUUCUCAAUACGACCUCAAAGUACGACUAUCUGAGCAAGUUGUCACUAGGCAUAUCACCUGGCACUCGGUUAUUUUAUGAUAACACAAAAAAUUAUAAAAUUACCAAAGACGAUAUUGAAGAUGGAAGGAAAUCAAAGGCAUCAUUGGAAGGAAACAUUGGAUGUCAGAGAAUGCAACUUUCGCUUUUAAGAAAGAAUGCGUCAACUUCAUCGGGAGAGUAAAUAAAUGUAGUAAAUCAAACUGUCUACAUCUCACUUAAUGUUUGGUCCUAAAAGACGUACAGGAGAAAUUUUUUUAGGAAAUGUUUUCAUUUGAUCUUAUUUUCAACAAUUACGAAUAAUUAGACAGCGUAGAAAUAGGAUUUGACAAUAUUAUACUCGAGUAGUAUGUUUGAGAUAUUAAUAGUUCUUUACAAUUAAGAAGAGACUGUUGUUAGAGGUUCACAAAAUACAUACAACAAAUCCAAAUGCUUUCCUUUUAUUCUUCAUGACUGUAUUUACUUUGGAUUUGUCCAACUUUUGAAAAUCAUUAAAAAAAAUGAAACACGAA